CUCAACCCAGCCCAACCCAGCCCAUCGAAAAAUUAUCAAAUCUCGUCCAUUUUAAUUCCAGACUCGUUGGUAAGCACUUGUCUAAUAGUUCUCUCACUAAUAAAAGUAAAUUUUUAUAUAAUUAAAUUCAUUUUGAAAUAAAAUCAAAUUACAUAAAAUAUUGGUGCAUUAUGAUUAAAUAAUAAAUAUUAAAAUCAUAUUGAUUAAUUUAAUAUAAAAAAUGUCUGAAGACGAAAAAAUAAAAUCAUUGCCUGGCCACGAGGCCAAGCAUCUAACGCCAUUAGAACAUGAAAAAAUGCUUGCUCAAAAUUCACGUUUAGUAUCAGAAUAUCAAGCAAAUAAAUUAGAACAAGAAGCACAAAAAAAUUGGGAUUUAUUUUAUAAAAGAAAUGAUACAAGAUUUUUUAAAGAUCGUCAUUGGACGACACGUGAAUUUCAUGAGUUAAUUGAUGAUGAAAAUUGUGAAGAAGGUAAAUCAAUACUUGAAGUUGGUUGUGGCGUUGGAAAUUUAAUUUAUCCCCUAAUUGAGGAUGGAUUAAAAUUUAAGAAAAUAUUUGCUUGUGAUUUAUCACCAAGGGCUGUUGAUUUUGUCAAGAGUCACAAAUUAUUUAAUCCUGACAAAAUUGAGGCAUUUGUAACUGAUAUUACAAAUGAAAAUUGUUUUUCUAAUAUCAAUGGUGGUGUCGACACAGCAACUUUGAUAUUUGUUUUAUCAGCAAUUCAUCCAGAUAAAUUUGAGAGAGUUGCCAAGAAUUUAUACCACGUGCUCAAUCAAGAAGGAGUUGUUCUUUUUCGUGACUAUGGUCUUUACGACAUGGCACAAAUAAGAUUCAAGCCUGGUAGUAAAAUUGCUGAUAAUUUCUACACAAGACAAGAUGGUACACGAAGUUACUAUUUUUCAACUGAUGAAGUUGAUCGUAUUUUCAUGAAUGCUGGUUUUCAAAAGCUAUCAUGUUCGUAUGUUCAAAGACGUACUGUAAAUCCAAAAGAACAAAUUGAUGUACCACGAAUAUUUGUUCAAGCCAAAUAUAAAAAAACUUGAAAAGCUACCACGUGGACAAGAAAUAAAAAAUUAAAAUGAAUUAAACAAUGGCAACAAUAUUUGGCUCAUUUAAAAAGGAACAUAAUUAUGAUCAAAGAAACACGAUUUUGUAGCUCUGUGAAAUGAAAGAUAAUUAUGAAAUUUGUGGAAAAAACACCCAGAAGCAUUGGCCAAUUAUCACCAGCUCCAUCCCAUGAGGUAAUAUUCAUUUUUAAAUUUAAAUUUUUAUCAGUCUUUUUUUU